GACAGAGUCACAGAGGUUUCUUCAGAUUUUGUUUGUGUGUGUGUGUGUGUGAGAGAGAGAGAGAGAGAGAGAGAGAGAGAGAGAGAGCUUUCUCUUUGGUUUCUACAUCAUGUCUCCGGAGGCAUGUCCUUCUGUAAAGAACAUCCUUCUUUUGGAUUCUGAUGGGAAACGUGUGGCAGUCAAAUAUUUCUCAGAUGACUGGCCAACCAAUGCUGCAAAAGAAAAUUUUGAGAAAGUUGUGUUCACUAAGACUCAGAAGACCAAUGCCCGCUCAGAAGCGGAAAUAGCAAUGUUUGAGAAUAACAUUGUUGUGUACAAGUUUGUCCAAGAUCUUCACUUCUUUGUUACCGGUGGGGAUGAUGAAAAUGAGCUUAUCUUAGCCACAGUUCUGCAAGCAUUUUUCGAAUCUGUGGGCCUCCUCCUCAGAGGCAAUGUGGAUAAGAAGGAAGCACUUGAGAACUUGGAUCUCAUUCUAUUGUGCAUUGAUGAAAUUGUUGAUGGCGGUAUCAUUCUUGAAACUGAUCCAAAUGUUAUAGCUGGGAAAGUUGCAAGUAAUAGUAUAGAUUCUGGAGCUCCUUUGUCUGAACAGACACUAAGUCAAGCAUUGGCCACUGCCAGGGAACAUCUUGCAAGAUCCCUUCUUAAAUGAUCCAUAUGGCAUUUGGCAAUGGAAGAGACUUAUAUUUUGGCUUUUCCUAGAAACGUUUAUAAGAAUAUCACUUCAUAUAUUGCAUUUUCGAACCCAGAUGAGGGUGUUACUUGCGCUGUGAAAGUUAAUUUUUGACAUUGGAAUACAGGCUUUUUUUCUUUUUUUUUUGCAAUACUUUUCUUGUGACAUAUUGUUACAUUUAAUUGCCCAGUAAAGUUCAGGAUAUUGGCAUAUGGCAUUUUAUUGUUCUGAAAAUUCCAUCAAAGUCAAUUUAGUACGUACUAUUUCU